CCUGAGGGUAGGUCACAAAUAGCUACUAAAUGCACCCCAAUGGAAUCGGCGUUGGCGAACAACAGGAAUGAAACGAUCAAGAGCCGGAUUCAAUCAGUAAACGCCAGACUGUGAGAGGGAUUAUUAUUGGUUAACCCUUUGCGUACCAAGCGGCCAUAUAUGGCCACUUAAUACAGUCCUCAUUCGAUCGGGCCUUAAGAGAGGGAUUUGAGGGGCUGAAACUACGACUACAUUUUAAUGUAGAUUACAUGAAUUGCUUUAUUAGUUUUUUCGAGGAUUUCUUCCAUCGAGCUUGUUUUCGGGCGAAUUUUGAGGCUUUUUGUGAUUUAAACGUUUUCAACGGGGAGAUUUAAAAAUGGCGGCUCUUCAAGGUGAUGCUGUACUACAUUUCGGCGACCAAAACAACGUCGAAAUUCAGUUUAUCGACGAAGAAGACUUCCCUCUCGCCAGUAUAAUCGAGCAUCAAGCUUCUGAUGAGAAGUUUCACUCUGGUGCAUCGGAAUUAAGCUCCGAGAAUUCGAGCGAAGAGUCGGAAGAGGAAGACAACGAAGUGGAAUCGGAUGAAGAACAUUGGUCUAGAGAAGUCGAACGCAGAGUAGAUAUUGAUUUUGGUGAAGAGCCUGGAAUAAAUGUCAGCACAAGAAACCUGAAAUCGUGUUUGGAUUAUUUUGAGCUGCUUUUUACCCAAGAGGUAUGGCAGUUGUUAGUUAGUCAAACUAAUAUAUAUGCAGAACAGAAGAGAGGGCCAGCAGAAAGCUCUGUGCGGUAUCCAGUCACAGAAAGUGAAAUGAAGGCCUGGAUUAGUCUGUACCUAAAUAUGGGGUUGGUUACAAAACCAAACCUUAAUUGUUACUGGAGUACUGAUCCUGUCCUAAGUUCUCCUUUCUUCCCAUCUUUGAUGUCCCGGACUCGAUUCUUUCAAAUUUUGCGGUACCUGCACUUUGCUGACAACAACCAUGCUCCCCCGCGAGACUCCACAGACUACAAUAAGCUGUACAAAAUCCAGCCUUUCCUAGAUUUGGUAAUGGCAAGUUGUCACAACGUGUACACCCCUGAGCGAAAACUUGCCAUAGAUGAGACUUUAAUUAAAUUCAAAGGCAAAGUACACUUCAGGCAGUUUAUCCCCAUAAAGCCGGGACGAUUUGGUAUAAAGGCUUUCACCCUUGCAGGAUCCACCAGUGGCUAUGUGUUGAAUAGUAAGAUUUACACUGGCAAGGAGAAUAAUGAAGUACAGAAAGGAAGGAAGGCAGUUAUGUCUGUGCUGCAACCUUAUCUAGAUAAGGGAUUUUAUGCCUUCAUGGACAACUAUUACACUUCUGUAGCUCUGUUUGAAGAGUUAGAAGAAAGAAAAACCCUUGCAUGUGUCACAGUUCAGUCCAACAGGGUAGCCUUGCCAAGAGAGAUUUGUGGUGUGAAGAAAAGGCAGUGAAAGAUCUUAAAAGAGGAGAGUGUUUGUACAGGCAAAAGGGAAAUUUGACUUGUGUGACAUGGCGUGACAGAAAGCCAGUUAGUGUGUUAGCCACCCUUCCCACCAGUACAACGGACUCAAGCUCGGUUCAGCGAUCAGUAAAAGUAAAUGGGAAGUGGGAGAAGAAGCAGUUUUUUAGACCAGGUGUAAUUGAC